CUCCGCGCUGUACUCCGUGUGAUAUAACGCGCCGUGUCAGGAUCGUCUCCGCCGACGCUCUCGCUCGAAAAUGACGCGGCGAACACGUCAUUUUUAUCGUGAUCAUCAUUUAGUUGUCCGCAGUUCGCGUGUCGCUGACUACGUUCUGUUGUGCAACUUUCUGCAACCGGUGCGUUUACGUGUCUCGCCGCAGCUAUGUUCAAACGCCACUUGUCGCUACUUAAGAAUAACACGACGCUAUCUGCCAUUGAGCAGGUACAGCAGAAGUGGAGAUUAUUUUGUAAAGAGCCACCCAAAGGAUUUGAAAAGUUCUUCAAACCAGGUGAAGGUAAAAAUGGUAAAAAUACUCCCAAGAAAGCCGAGGGAACAAGUAAAAAGGCUGAAACAAAAGCACCCCCUCCCCGACCUUCGUCUUCAUCAUCUGGUUCAUCAUCAUCUGGUUCUAAGGAGCCAAGUUUCGAAUGGAUAUCGAAAUUUUUUGGAAACAGCUCGAAAGGAGGUAAACCAUUUGAAAGUGGCGAUAAAGAAAAAACAUUAAUGCUUUUGGUUGCACUUGGAGUAAGUGGUGCGAUUCUAUGGCUAUUUUCCCAGGAUCUAAAUCUGAAAGAGAUCACGUGGAGAGAAUUUAUAUAUAAUUAUUUAAACAAAGGUCUUGUUGAGAAAUUAGAAGUAAUAAACAAGAAAUGGGUGCGUGUAAAACUCUUACCUGGGUAUACUGUUGAUGGUUCUGAUUCAUUAUGGUUUAAUAUUGGAAGCACCGAUACUUUCGAAAGAAAUUUAGAAAAUGCACAAUUAGAAUUAAACAUGGGACCUGAGAAUUAUAUUCCUGUCAUCUAUAAGAAUGAAGUGGAAAGUGCAAAUCUUCUGUCGUAUUUACCACAGAUUAUCAUGUGGGGAUUCCUCAUUUUCUUGAUACGAAGAUCUGCAGAAGCAAUGUCCGGUAAAGGAGGUAAAAGAGGUGGACUUUUCGGUCAAGUAAUGGAAUCUACUGCAAAACUAAUAAAUUCGAAAGAUAUUGGUGUACGAUUUAAAGAUGUAGCCGGAUGUGAAGAAGCUAAAAUCGAAAUCAUGGAGUUUGUAAAUUUUCUAAAGAAUCCGCAACAGUAUAUAGAUCUUGGAGCUAAGAUUCCAAAGGGCGCGAUGCUAACAGGGCCCCCUGGUACUGGUAAAACUUUAUUGGCUAAAGCUACAGCUGGUGAAGCAAAUGUACCCUUUAUUACAGUAUCAGGUUCGGAAUUCUUGGAGAUGUUUGUGGGUGUUGGUCCUUCUAGAGUGCGUGAUAUGUUCUCUAUGGCGCGAAAACAUGCACCGUGUAUAUUAUUUAUUGAUGAAAUUGAUGCAGUUGGACGAAAGAGGGGAGGUCGAAAUUUUGGGGGACAUUCUGAGCAAGAAAAUACAUUAAAUCAGCUUUUAGUGGAAAUGGAUGGUUUUAACACGACAACUAAUGUGGUUGUAUUAGCGGCGACUAAUAGAAUAGAUAUUCUAGACAAAGCAUUAUUAAGACCUGGAAGAUUCGAUAGACAAAUAUUUGUUCCUGCUCCGGAUAUCAAAGGACGAGCAUCCAUUUUCAAAGUACAUUUAGCUCCUUUGAAAACAACAUUAGAUAAAGAGGAAUUAGCAAGAAAAAUGGCAUCCUUGACACCUGGAUUUACAGGAGCUGAUAUUGCAAAUGUUUGCAAUGAAGCGGCUCUGAUUGCGGCGAGAGACUUGUACGACAGCAUUCAACUUAAAAAUUUUGAACAAGCUAUUGAGAGAGUAGUUGCUGGCUUGGAGAAGAAGACCAAAGUAUUACAACCGGAAGAGAAGAAGACAGUUGCGUACCACGAGGCCGGUCAUGCGAUAACCGGCUGGUUCUUAGAGCAUGCAGAUCCACUUUUGAAGGUGUCCAUUAUUCCGCGCGGUAAAGGAUUAGGAUACGCCCAGUACCUGCCACGCGAGCUAUAUCUUUACACGAAGGAACAGUUAUUCGAUCGGAUGUGCAUGAUGCUCGGUGGACGAGCGUCGGAAGAAAUCUUUUUCGGCCGCAUAACUACAGGUGCCCAGGAUGAUUUACAGAAGAUAACAAAAGUUGCGUAUGCGCAAAUUACGCAAUAUGGCAUGAAUGAAAAAGUUGGGAACGUCAGUUUUGAAAUGCCGUCUUCAGGAGAAAUGGUUUUCGACAAGCCGUAUUCGGAGCAGACCGCGCAACUUAUCGAUAAUGAGGUUCGAGAGUUGAUCGAGAGGGCACAUAAGCGAACGCUAGCUCUUCUGAACGAGCAUAAAGAAGAUGUAAUUAAGGUUGCCGAGCGACUGCUGAAGCAGGAGGUUCUAAGUAGGGACGAUAUGAUCGAAUUACUUGGACCUCGACCUUUCCGUGAAAAAUCCACCUACGAAGAGUUUGUCGAAGGUACGGGUUCUUUCGAAGAGGACACUACGUUACCGGAAGGUUUAAAGGAAUGGAACGUGCAAAAGGGAGAAUCGUCCAAGGACAGUGACAAAAAGGACAAAACGACGGAAGCGCAGCCUUCCAAAGCAGCUUCCGGUGAUAAACAGCCACAGCAACGACUGUAAUUGUAAUAUUUUAGUUUCACAAAUGCUUUGUAUUAUAGUUCGAAAUACACAAUUAAAUAAGACUACGGUUGUUGAACAGUGUAAUUUUCAGCUGCAUCAGCUGUUGCUAUAAUGCUAAUUUAGCGUGUAUCACUUGUGAUGUUUUCAUGUAAUUAAAUUCAAACUGUACUCUAAUUUUGUCCAUCUCAGUUCCGUUUUCAUCUUCGUCAAAAUCAUCUGGGAAUAAUUGUACAGAAACAAAAUAAUACUCGUAAAACCUCAAAAACUUCAGAUCUUUUGUGUAUUAUGUUAAUAAAAUUACAGAUACUUUAUUGA